AGCCAAGAUGCACAGCACCGGGAGCAGCACACAGGCAAGAUGCGAGCCCAAUUGGAUGGGGGUCGAGGAGGCCUCGCCGUUCACAGGGAAGAAGACCACCAAGCGAUGGAGCUCCGUGGUAAAUGCCACGCUGGUGGUCUUAAUCAUGACGAUGCCGCCGCUCCUCAUUCUUCUCAGCGGCCGCCUCGGCGCGCCGGCGGUGUGGAUCAAGUCCACCGUGGCUGGCCUAGGCACCCGAGAUCGAGAAGAAUCCAAGAAAGACGUUCUUCUCGGUGGCCUACUUGUUCCAGGAUUCGACAAACAGUCCUGUGCCAGCCGCUACCAAUCCGUGUACUACCGCAAGAAGAUGAUGCGGCCGCCGUCCCCGUACCUCAUCAAGCGGCUGCGGGAGCAGGAGGCGCUGCAACGGCGGUGCGGCCCGGGCACCGAGCCAUACAUUAGAGCAUCAGAGUGGCUCAAGUCCGGGCAACCUGACAUCGACAACAUUGAUGGCUGCAGCUACCUCGUGCUCAUAUCUUACAGAGGCCUCGGCAACCGGAUGCUCGCCAUGGCCUCUGCCUUCCUCUACGCCGUGCUGACCAACCGCGUGCUACUCGUGGACCGCGGCCGCGGCAAUACCCUGACGGACCUCUUCUGCGAGCCAUUCCCGGGAACGACUUGGGCGCUGCCUAUCGACUUCCCUCUCGAGAAGUUCCGGGAGCUGAACGAGGGGGCGCCUGAGAGCUACGGGAACGUGGUGGUGAACAUGAGUGGAUCGGUGUCGGGGCUGCAUUUCGUCUACCUGCAUCUCGACCAUGACGCAAGUGCGGCGAACUUGCUCGUGUACUGUGACGACCAUCGGCAGUUCCUGCACCGGGUGCAGUGGGCGAUCAUGAGGGCGGAUCAAUACAUCGCGCCGGGCCUCUUCUUGAACCCGGUGUACCAAGAGGAGCUCGAUCGGCUAUUCCCCCGGAAAGAUUCGGUGUUCUACAUCCUAUCGCGGUAUCUUUUGCACCCGACUAAUGAUAUUUGGGGCAUGGUCACGAGGUUCUACAACUCGUACCUGAGGAAUGCAGACGAGAGGCUGGGCAUUCAGAUCAGAGUAUUCGACGGCGACAAGCCGUUCCAGCACGUCUUGGAUCAGAUUCUCGCGUGCACGUCGCAGGAGCAUCUGCUGCCAGGGGUGAUGAGCACGGAAGGAGGAGCGUCGCCUCUCCCCACGGCCGGUGCACGGUCCAAGGCUGUUCUUAUGACCGGUUUGAGCUCGUGGUACCACGAUAACAUCCGGGAGAUGUACUGGAAGUCGGCGUCCAUGAACGGUGAGGUGGUGAGCGUGCACCAGCCGAGCCACGAGGAGCACCAGCAUUGGUUCCACAGCCAGCAUGACAUGAAGGCGUUGGCCGAGAUCUACCUGCUGAGCCUGACCGACAAGAUUGUCACCAGCGGCUGGUCGACGUUCGGGUACGUCGGCAACGGGCUCGGCGGGCUCACGCCGUACAUCAUGUUCAGGCCCAAGAACAUGACGGUGCCCAACCCGCCGUGCACGAGGGCCAUGUCCAUGGAGCCGUGUUCUUUCGCAGUGCCCCACUUCAACUGCAAGACGAAAGAAAUCGGUCGUGAUGUGCUCCAAGCGAAUGCGCUGCCUCAUCUCAGCGCUUGCGAAGACCUCUUCUGGGGAGUUAAACUUACUGAUCCGGUCAUCCAAAGGGAGGUGUAGUUUUUUUUUAUAUCACAAUUUACACCACGCUUUUUUGUGUUUCGCUCUCUACAGGACUGUUGUUUCUUCUUCUUCUCUUUUGUCAUUUCGGUUGUGGUGUUCUUAAUUGCUGUACAGUGUCUGGCAUAUGUAAAA